CCGCUAGACAAUUCAUGAAAUGCAGUCGACCAACUCAGGCAGCCUCAUGCUUUAUGAGUGCCAACAUGUAUGAAGGAGCAGGUGAAUGUCUCGUCAAAUGGAAUAUGUUUGAGUCCGCUGCAGAUUGUUACCAUAAGGGCAAGAUCUGGAGCAAGGCGGGAGAGUAUUAUGAAAAGGCGAAUAAAUAUACUAAGGCUGUUGUUUCUUAUAAAGAUGGUGGCGACUAUGAAACGGUAAUUGAUCUGAUGAAAAGACAAGGAAUUGAAAAAACCACCUUCUACUGCCUUGCUCGACUUAUCAAUAUUCAUUAUAUUCGGGAGAAUAAAGAAGAGAUGAGCAAGAAAGCCCUUUCCCUCUUUUCAAAAGAAGAACAAGCCGAAUUCUUGAAAGAUCAUGCACCAAACGAAUUUAUAAAGUUUUGCGAGGAGAACAACGAGUUUCACAUUGCUGCCAAAUAUUUACGUUCACGGGGAGAAUUUGAAAGGGCUGCUCAUAUGUUCAUCCGCUCCAAUGACAAUGACGAUUUCAUUGAAUCAUUGGAAUGCUUUUUGCAUCUAUGUAGGGCUAACGUGUUAAAAAACACUAUGACAAAUAUUAAUGGUCCGAAUUCUCUACCGGAAUUGCGCAGCCUCCUUUAUAAA